GGUACCAGCGAGAGGAGGGAGGCGGCGCGCGUGGAGAUGCCUCGCGGCGGCGGCCGCCCUCGCAGUCAUAAGAGGAAAAGGAAUUGGUGUAUGGAGUAUCCAUCCUUUCCAGAAGAGAAGCCACUACAGUGCAGAACAGGUCUCAGGACAGUGGGAGCAGUUGCCUCCCUCUCUGAAGCAUGGCUUAAGUGUGGAGAAGGAUUUCAGGACACUCCUAGGACUCUGACACCAACAACUGAAAAGGUGACUCUUUCAGAAAAGGACCUUGAAUUAGUUCCAAAACCAAAGAAAGAAAUUACCACAUCUAAGAAUACCAAUGAGCUGACAGAUAUAACAUGGAGUUCCAGUGGAAGUGAUCUGUCAGAUGAAGACAAAACACUUCCUAAAUCACAGAGAGCUAAUGAACAUGGCUCUAUAAUAAAUAAGUUCCAUAACAGGAAUAUUUUAUGUCCAGAAGAUGGGGCCAGUGAAGAUGAAUUACAGUUUAUUGACUGGGAGAUCGACAGUGACAGGGAAGAUGCUAGUGAAUAUAAUGAAUGGGAAGAUGGUAAGGGUGCUGUAGAAAUCUCAGAUUGUGCCUCUUGUGCAAGUAGUCAUUCUUUGACAAGUGAUGAGAGACUAUCUGAGCUUCCUAAGCCAAUUUCUGCAGAAAUUUUGGAGUAUUCAUCAGAUAGCAACAAAGAAGAUGACUCAGAAAAUGUCCUAUUCAUUGAUUCAGAAUCCCCUCACAAAUACCACAUGGAAUAUGGUUCUGAUGCAAGACAGGUUAUGGACAGCCAGUUCAACACAAGAGUGAAAUCAACAGAGAGUGUCUUGUGUAUACCCCAGAAGCAUAUAGCUAAGUUUCCCAGGACUCCAGAAAACUCAUCAAAGAAGAAGAAACUUUUAAGAGGCGGUCUAGCAGAAAGACUAACCGGAUUGCAGAACCGAGAGAGAUCUGCCAUUUCUUUGUGGAGACAUGAUUGUGUUUCUUACCAAAAGACAGUUUCAGGUAGAAAAUCUGGUGUAUUAACUGUGAAAAUUCUAGAGCUACACGAGGAAUGCACCAUGCAGGUUGCCAUGUGUGAACAGUUAGUGGGGUCGACAGCUGCUCUCCCUUCCAGGGAUGUGGCUGCUGAGCCUGGAGCCAGCCUGAAAGUUCUCUUUACUCGGGAGACUUCAUGUUACCUCAAGGGAUGUCCCCAGGAUGUUAUCCACAUCUUUCCUCCUUGGCAAAAACUUAUUAUCCCAAAUGGAAGUUGCCCUGUUAUUCUGAAUACUUAUUUCUGUCAGAAAGUUGUUGCCAAAGAAGAUGCAGAAACAACUCACAAACUAUACUGUCAUGACAUACUCCUUCCAAGAAGAAACAUCACUUUGGCCCAGAUGUUUAAAAUUAAGGAUCUAUCCAAUAAUUCACCUGAAAGUCAGGUUGUGUAUAGUGACCUGGCCACCACAGGCACAGAAUGCACCAACAGGCACGAAAAGGCAAAGCAGCACUUCAUAGCUGAAUCCCCCCUUAGGGAUUCUCUUCUGGACGUGGUAGAAAGCCAAGGAGCUGCCCCAUGGUCAGGAGUGGGGGUCCAAGUAGUGGUGCAGCGAGUUUACUCACUACCUGGCAGAGAUGGCACCGGAAGCCAGCAGGAUACUAGCUCAGGGCAUGCUGAUCUACCUGGGCCCCGAGUCUGCCUUCUGGUGCAAGAUGCCUAUGGGAUGUUUGGUGAAGUGUACUUAGAAGGUGCCAUGCUGAAGGGCAGACAGUUGGAAGGGAAGUCCUGCAGGCUGGCAGGAAUGAAGGUUCUACAGAAAGCCACCAGAGGAAGGACACCAGGGCUCUUCAGUUUGAUUGAUACCAUAUGGCCCCCAGCAAUACCCCUAAAAGCACCCGGCCAUAGCCAGCCCUGUGAAGAGGUCAAAAGUCACCUGCCUUCGCCUUCCUUCUGUUACGUCCUCUCAGUUCAUCCCAAUCUCGGUCAGAUUGAUAUGAUUGAAGGAGACUCCAUAUCUAAGCUUCACCAGCCUCCAAUUCUCCAUUGCCUAAGAGAUAUUCUCCAGACUGACAAUCUGGGUGCCCGCUGCAGUUUCUAUGCCAGAGUGAUUUAUCAAAGACCACAGCUGAAGAGUCUGCUUCUUUUGGCACAAAAGGAGAUUUGGCUGUUGGUGACUGACAUCACCCUGCAAAUGAAGGAUGGGAAUGACCACCACCUCCCCAAAAUCCUGCCAGUUUGUGUGACCCCCUCAUGUGUCCUGGGUCCAGAAAUCCUAGAAGCACUCUCCACGGCUGCACCUCAUAGCAUCCUCUUCAGGGAUGCUCUCCGAGAUCAGGGUCAGAUUGUCUGUGUUGAACGGACUGUCCUGUUGCUUCAAAAACCCUUUUGGGGUAUGGCCUCUGGCGCUGGCUCCUGUGAGCUGAAUGGCCCAGUGAUACUGGAUGAACUAGACUCCCUCACACCGGUUAAUUCUAUUUGCAGCGUGCAAGGCACUGUGGUUGGUGUGGAUGAGAACACCGCUUUCUCAUGGCCUACAUGUGACCGGUGUGGCAAUGGGAGAUUGGAACAGAGGCCAGAAGAUGGAGGCACCUUUUUCUGUGGAGACUGUUGUGAGUUGGUCACAUCUCCUGUUCUCAAGAGGCACCUGCAAGUCUUCCUGGACUGCCCCUCAAGGCCCCAGUGCAGCGUGAAGGUUAAGCUGUUGCAGGGCAGUAUUUCUUCACUGCUGAGGUUUGCUGCCUGUGAGGAUGGGACUUAUGAAGUAAAGAGUGUCCUCGGAAAGGAGGUGGGGCUGUUAAGUUGUUUUGUCCAGUCCAUAACCACCCACCCAACUAACUUCAUUGGAUUGGAGGAAAUUGAGCUUCUGAGUACAGGAGGAAACUCUGCUGAAGGCCAGCAGUUGCCACUGGAUUUGUGAACUUUGCAAUGUGGCUGCAAGGGUGGGGGUGGGGACUGAGUUUUGUAGUUAUUUGUUAACUAUGGACAGAGUGAAUUAUUUUAUGAUCUUAAAAUGAAACACGAUUUUUCUGGGACAAAUGUAAGAUGGUUUUGUAAACUAUAAAAGAUCUUUUCUAUGGCUUUUUUAUUAUCUUUCCACAAAUUUAGGAAUGUUUCUAGAGCUUUAAUAAACCUGAGACCUUCAUUUUGUAUAUAUGUUAGGCAAUAAUAUUGGACAUAAAUAUUUUGUACAAUUAUAGCUUAAUAGUAUUCAAAAUUUUAUGAUUUGUCAUCUUUUCCUUGUAUGUUUUCAUUUCCCCAAAGAAAAAUACCUUGUGAAGCUUAAAAUUUUGUCCCACAUUGUGAUAUUACUGUUCUGAUACAAUAAAUGUCCAAUCUAAGCAUUUUGCAGUUCAGUGUUUUUUGGGGAAAAGUCCUGGGAAACUAUGUCAGAGGUUAAAAUGUUAUCCAUGAACUAUAAAUAAGUUAUAUAUAUUGAUAAAGUUGUAUACUGAGUAGAGAUAUGAGAAGCUCACUCCACCACAUGACCUGUUGGAUUAAGCUGGGUAAUUGCACUGUGACAGGAGCAAAGAUCACGCAGAUUUAGAGCAGUCGCUUAUCAUCAUUCACUUUGUUAGCACAGAUUUAAUACACAUAAAGCCAUGAAUUAUCUUUGGAUGCUAAAGAUUUUGUUUUCUUCCUCAACAUGACGACAAACCAUGGUUAAUUAAUUACAUAAUAUACACUUAACUUGCCCAGUUCUUAGACAAGAAAAGGUGCCAAAUAACCAGUUUUCUUAGGAAAAAAAGCAGAUGGCUUUGUUUGGAUUAAGCCUUGAAACAUUACAAUUGCUAACAAAAUAGCCAGUUUAAAAUAACUUGAGGACUGCCUUUGUAUCUACUGCAAGACUAUUUCGUCCUUAUACACACUUUGAAAGUCUACACUCCUCUGUGGUCCUGAAGACUCGGGAAAGUGAAAGCAAAGUCCCAGGAAAGCCGAAGAGGAACCAAACAAAUUUCCGGAUCACUUAAGGCCUCCUCUAUCCCUCAUCCGCAAUCUAGAGUUAGUGAUGUUAUCAGCGGGGCCCCCAAAUCAGCCAGCCCCAACCCAGGUCUAGGUGCUUUGGGGAGAGCAUCUUCCAUUGGAGAGCUGCUAGCCUUGGGCGCGCUUAGUCAUGCCAGACGUAUUUUAGGCAAGCUAAAGAAAACGUGUGGAAGUAGUCUCUGGCAUGUUCGAAAAGCAAGCUGACCCUCUUGUCUAAGAAGCUCCAUCCCCCAAGAGAAAAACACACCUGGUCCCAAGGCCCUCAGGUGCUCACCUCAGGCUAGAUCUGGCACGCCCCGUUUAGGGUCCUGGCGCACGGGUGUGCUGUAGUCAUUGCGAAUAUAUGAAGCAGGGGCGAUUUUAAAUGCUUCUUUAUUCUUACAAAUGUUGUAAAAAUUAAUAUAAAAAGUGAUCAUGCUCAGUCUUUUCCUCUUAUCUACAAUACAAAGGUUUUGUUUGAAAGGGUUUUUGUUUUUUUACAAAUGUACCUUAGCUGCUUCAAUAAGAGUAA